AUGCUUGAGUAUGAUAAUAUUAUCCACACGGCCCCCAGUCUACGCAACUUUCUCUGGUACACUCAGUUACUAGUCCCCCUGCCAGGAUAUGUCUUCCUCGUAGGUGAGCUGCGCCAGCGCACCACGGGCGAGCUGUGCGAACGUGCAUGGAAAGCUAUAUGCGUCAACUACAACGACCGGGGUCUCAUUCGCAAGCUGAGAAGCCCUAUGCAUGUUGCCUUCGGUCGCAUGCUUCUAAAGGCCUGGAACGCACAUGAGGAGGCCGAGCUCCAACUUGGGAGGAAUGUGCAACCUCCACAGCUGGUUACAAUGCUGCGCGAACGUGUGGCCCUGCAAACUUCAACAUCCCAAUCAAAGCCAGAUUUGGCGGGCAACGGUAGCACGGACUCUGUUAAGACCACAAACGGUGGCCCCAUUGCUGGAACCAGAAUGUGGGUUGACGAUAACCCUGGACUAGACAGAAUGGGCCGGCCAUUCGCGAUUAUGUCCAAUGAAGAUUCAAUGUUUCCGUCUCUGCACAGCGCAAGCCAAAUGUUUGAUGAGGUUUCGCCCGAUCAGAAUGACGUCGAUUGGUCAUAUCUCAUGCAACCUGGUGUACUGGGGGAGCUUUGCGGCAAACACUGA